UUCUGUAAUAAUUGAUUCAAAGAAAUUAACCAUUCUGGAGUGUUGGGUGAUAGUUAUGUUGAUUUAUUAGCAAUUUGUAAUGUGGGUACAUGUUGAAUAUAAUAGACUUAUCAGGCUUAAAAAUGUAUUUUUCUUUGGAAUGUUUUCUCUUUCCAUCCUUUGUUCUAUAUAUAUUUAACAACAUCCUCUAGAAUAAGUCUGGCAUAGUAAAAUUUCAUAAUUUUCUGCAUAUCUGUCAGUGGAAUGACAUUUAGAGUGGCAUCAUUCGCUAGUUCAUAUGAUUCUAUUAUUUAUUGGUCCCAUAUUAUAAUUCCGGCUGCUUUACAAAAUUUCAUCUCCUGUACUUUAUUCUUUAUCAGAGAUUUCAUGAAAUUGACUUCGGGACAAUAAAAACCACUUCUACUAGCUCAUCCGUACUUAAUGUUGUUUAAAGCAUGUUGAUGCUGCCUAUCUAUCACCAAUCAAUCUCUUUUUUGUUUCUCUAGUUGUGCAUAGGCAUUUUAAAACUGCCAGCAUGCAAAUGAUUUUGAAUUAAUUUUUUUUUAAUUUAGAAAAAUCGUAUUGUACUCAAUGUAUUUUUCCUGUCUGGUGCUUGAAGUUAUUUUUUUUAUUUUUCAAUUGUUUUAUGAAUCUUUAUCAACUGGGGGAGUAUUUUUGGAAAAAUAUGCCGCAUGAGAAUAACCUGACUUGAAAUUUUGAGAUGGAAUACAUAUUUUCUACUUUAUCCCUGAAUUAUUGGAAAUCUGAUCCUUAACUGUUACUUGUAUAUUUUGUCCGUCAUUUCAAUUAUUUGAAACAGAAGUAAAAAGUAUAUAAUUCUGUUGACAUUUAACGUUUGUUCAAUUCUUUUUAGUUGAACAUGUAGAAGGUCCUUUACCGACCAAAGUUUCGCUAAUCGUGGGGCCUUUAAAACUAUUAUUGUAAAUAUAUAAUGAAUGAUUCCAAUGAUGAGCAACCAUCCAAUAAAGAUGACUCGAAAAAUUUCAAAACGAGAUUGCUAUUUUUUCUUGGAAUCACAACAAUGGGUGCCUUGGGUGGUUUUGGGGCAAUGCUAUCACGAACAGAACGACAAAAUCAGAAACUGAAACAAGGGCAACAAGUAGAUCCUGUUAUGACAGAAAACGGUAUAGCAUUAGCUCGAAAAGCACUUGGAAGAGCAACUUUGUACAGUGUUGGCGGAUUUUCACUGUUCUGUCUGGUUGUUUGGAAAAUGAUUGGUGCCAAAGAUUUUGAAGAAUUUCGAAUGAAACUAGGCAAUACUUUUCCGAAGAUACAUCGCCCUCGUGAACCAGAGGUUAUUGAUUGGGAUGAAAUUCUUUAUGGCAAAAGUGAAGACACGAAACCUGAAAAUGUAUCAGGAGAAUGAUGUGGUGACAGAUGUAAUUGAGUGUUGUACCGACGAUGAUGGCAGAGUUGAUUAAAUACUAAUAUAGCUUUGUCAGAUCAAAGUUCUUUCUGCUCAUUUAAGAGGAAUUGUGAAGUCAAACGUAACCGAUUUAUAAAUUAGCUUUGAACAUUUUUUUCAACUUCUUAAAAAAUUUGAUUGAAUUUCUGAACAUAUCUUUCUCUAAUUAUUGAGAUACAGUAUGUUAUCCUUCUGUUGACCGCUAAAACACCAGGAAAUAAUGAAAUCGCUUUUUCUCCGUGGGGGAUGUAUGGCCGAUUGCAUUGAUGUUAGAUCGUGGCCAAUGUCCAUCAAAUACUUAGAUUUCAUGGUACUGAGAAGUGCACUAUAGUCUGGCUAGAUAUGCCAUCAAUCGGGAGAUCGCGCCAACCACUGUACUAGUACACAACAGAAGGAAUUUGAAGAUUAGGUUAAAAUUUCCUUUAAAUAGGGCAAAGACGAGAUGGACAAAAAGUGUAAAAGUAGAAUGAAUAUAAGAUUUUUCAAAUCCAAUAGUAAACGGUGGCAUUCAAAAUUACAAGAAAAGUAUUGGAUAUACAUUUUCGCUGGUGGACAUUUAACUUGUGGAUAUUUGCCUUUCAGUUUCAAUACAUUUUCAUCCUCAGUCGUUUUCGCUCUCGAAUAUUUCUGUUUCAGACAAACUUUCAUUUUU